AGUUCAUUUUCACAUGCACUAGUGGAGAGAUGUCAGACACACUGCUAUGCAGGGAGCGCACCAAAUGCAAACGCACAUUAGCUCUGGUUCAUGUAGCCUAAGUCUAAAAGGGAGCAUUAGUUCAGCCUGACUUUUAAGCCCUCUGAAGGAUAACGAUUUAAGGAUCCUGUUCUUUAAAUAAGCCACCCUGUUUAUCUUCCAAUAUGUAAAAGAUGUGAAGUAUCACAGAUGAGAACUGGAAACAGCAACUGCUGCUUCAAAGGAAGAAGCAAUCAGCAAGGAAAGGAAAGUGUGCAAAGGUCACAAUCUCUCGUCUUUGGCUAAAAAUGAUGUAAGAGCUGUAAUAUGCUUCGCCAAGACCAGGCUGACACCUACAUGACAGGAUGUUCACUUUUUGUAUGUAUUCUGUGGUAACCAAUCAGAUCCAUUUGACUGGUUUGACACAUGAGCUUCAUUUCCUUCACUUGCUGAUAAACCAACACAUUAUCAAAGAAGAGACCGAGUGAAGAUGAAGCUGUUUUGGGUUACUCUGCUUCUUUUUCAGCGAGGAUGCACACAUGUUCCAGUGACCACGGUUCAAAUCGGUGAACCUGCGACCUUAAAAUGUGCUCUGCCCAAAAUCGAGAUCAGCCACCGAGAACUGAGCUGGUACAAGCAGAGCAACGGGGAUACUCUGACGUUAAUGGUGACUGUGCGGAAAUCUAUAAAACCCAUCUUCUCACCAGAGUUCUCAGAGUCAAGAUUUGAGGUCAAAUAUGACCACGACUCCACCAACCUGACCAUCCUGAGAACGAGUGAAGAGGACGAGGGAAUGUAUCACUGUGCGGUCACUGAGUGGAUCAGCAAAACUGAAUGGAGCGGAACUUAUUUGGUCGUCAAAGGAAACACUGAGAGGACAACAGAGCUGACAGUCAUUCAGGAGCCGACAGUCUCUGAUCAGCUCCGUCCAGGAGACUUGAUGUCUCUGCAGUGUUCAGUCCUCUCUGACUCGGACGGUAAAACGUGUCCCGGAGGUCACAGCGUGUUGUGGUUCAGAGCCGGAUCACAUGAAUCUCGUCCAGACAUCAUCUACACUGCUGGAAACAGACGUGAUGGAUGUGAGGAGAGAUCUGCCUCUCAGAAAAGCUGUGUUCAUCACUUCUCUAAGAACAUCAGCUCCUCUGAUGCUGGGACUUAUUACUGUGCUGUGGACACAUGUGGACGCCUUUUAUUUGGAGAUGGGACUAAAGUGGACGUUGAAGGUAACAGUAUCAGGAAGUUUUCACUGAAGGAAACCACAGUUACUUUUCUGCUCUGUGCUGCCUUGGCCCUCACGCUCAUCGUUAUAGCCUUCCUUAUUCAUGCCAUCAAGACAAACAACAACACAUCUGAUGCUUUGGGAGAAAACUGUGAUGUUUGGAGAAAACAGAUGUUGGAGAGUUUAAAGAGAGAUCAGGUUUAUUCUGCCGUCGUCUUUACCGUGAUGAAAUCAAAGAAAGGAGCAAAAGCAGCGGAGAAAGAGAGGAUCUACGCCGCUGUGAAGGCUUUUGAGAUGGAUCAGUGAUUCAAUAGGGUCUGCUUUUUAGCACUUAGUUUCACUUAGAUUCAAAGGGUGUAACGGUCUGUUUCACUGUUCUCAACAUUUUAUAAAGCAUUCUGAUUCACAAUGUGUUGCAACAUUUGAAAGACACACUUCUUCCUAAAGGAGACAGCAGAGUAUUUUCUGUGGUAGAUCCAAAUAGAUGAAUGUACUCUUAAUUAGGGGUUGCACCUUCUUAUUUGUUCUCUACUCCCACACGUCCUGUGCUGGGUUGCAGGAGGUCGAGAGACCCUGUUUAGAUUGUUUUUUUACAGUGUUUUUACUUGUUUGUCUUCAGUGUACAUUACAUAGACUGUAAAUAUUACUUCACAAAGCACGGAGUGGCGUCCCCCGUCUGUCCCUGCAGGGGGCGCUGGAGUCCCAUCGAUGGCGGUCUCCAUGCUGGAAAUGCUGUCUCAGUCUAACUUUCAGUCAACCUAACGACAGGCUGAGAGCUGGAGCUGAGGCGGGUUUUAAACCUCCUGACAAACCGUUACACCGCGCCCACCUGUCAAUCAGGUCAGCUACACGCCUUAUUGUGAAUAACUCUUAUCCUUCAUCAAAUCAAAACUGAUGAGUCAUCAAAACAUUCACCCCCCGUACAGUGUGUGUCCAUCGAGACAUGAGCUAAUCACACCUAUUUGGUUUUUUGAACCAGGCUGUAAACAUGUUAAUCUCUGCUGUAAAAACAGGCUUUUUAGAAUGGGUGUGUAUGUGACUUCCUGUGUUUCUGCAGCCAGCCUCUAGUGGACACUCCAGGAACUGCAGGAUUUUACACUUCAGUAUCGGCUUCAUUUUUUAACACUAGAGGAUACCGCUUGGUGCGGCCUCAAACUGUUCAAGAGGUCGCAGGGUUAAAAGACGGCAGAGGUUGUUAUAAAAUGAUUUAACGUUUAAUUUGAAGAUGAUCUGAAGCUUAAUCUCUGUAAAUAAAUAAACAUAUGUUUCAAUAA